AUGGCGAAGCUCCUCGCCGUUCUCGCCCUCGUCGCCACCGCCGCGUCGCCGUUAGUCCUCCGCGCCGCCGCCCAGGCCGAGGGGCUGUUGCCGUUCGCGGUGGGGGCGGCGCCGGCAGGGUGCGACAUCGGGGUAGGGGAGUGGGUGUACGAUGAGGCGGCGCGGCCAAUGUACGAAGAGGAGGCGUGCCCUUACAUCCAGCCGCACCUCACCUGCCAGGCGCACGGCCGCCCCGACAAGUCCUACCAGCACUGGCGCUGGCAGCCCCGCGGCUGCGACCUCCCCAGCUUCAACGCGACGGUGAUGCUUGAGAUGCUGCGCGGGAAGCGGAUGCUGUUCGUGGGCGACUCGCUGAACCGGGAGCAGUACGUCUCCCUGCUCUGCCUCCUCCACCGCGCCGUCCCGGAGGGUGCCCGGUCCUUCGAGACCGUCGACGCGCUCAGCAUCUUCAGGGCCAAGAACUACGACGCCACCAUCGAGUUCUACUGGGCGCCUCUCCUCGCCGAGUCCAACUCCGACGACGGCGCCGAACACGCCCUCGACGACCGCGUCAUCCGCGGCGCGCCCAUGGACAGGCACUCCCGCUUCUGGAAGGGCGCUGACGUCCUCGUCUUCAACUCAUACCUCUGGUGGAUCACCAGCUCCAAGAUCCAGAUCCUGAGAGGCGCCGACAACGACUUGAGCAAGGCCAUGGUAGAGAUGGAGCCAGAGGAGGCCUACAGGCUGGUGCUGCACCAGGUGGUGAGGUGGCUGGACACCAACAUGGACCCGACGAAAUCCAGGGUCUUCUUCGUGACGGCGUCGCCGACGCACACCAACAGCCAGCUGUGGGGCGAGGAGAUGGAGGGCGGCAACUGCUACGGCCAGAAGGAGCCCAUCACGGACGCGUCGUACCGCGGGAGCACGAGCAGGGCGAUGCAGCGGGUCACCGGCGAGGUGCUGGGCGCGGCGUCGGCGAGGGUGCCGGUGGGCGUGGUGAACGUGACCCAGAUGUCGGAGUACCGAAGGGACGCGCACACGCAGGUGUACAGGGAGCUGUGGGCGCCGCCCACGCCGGAGCAGCUCGCCGACCCGAGGAGCUACGCCGACUGCACCCACUGGUGCCUCCCCGGCGUGCCCGACGCCUGGAACGAGCUGCUCUACUGGAAGCUCUUCUUCCCGGCCGCCGGCGACCAGGCACUCUGACAAAGUACAUGCGUCGUCGUCGCUCUAACUUCGUACAGUAUUGUUGCAACUCGUGUACUGCGUCGAUCGUGUGGAC